AUGGCUUCGCCGCCGCCUCCGCUCCUGCUGCUGCUGCUGCCGCUGCUGCUGCUGCUGCCGCCGGCCGCCCCCGGGACGCGGGGCCAGUCGCCCUCCCCGGGAGGCGCGGGGCCGGCGGGGUCGACCGAGCCCGGCCCCGAGCGCGAGCUGCCGCUGCCCCCGGAGCGCCACGGGCCCGCGCCCCCCGGCCACCGCCAGACGACCCCUGCGCCGGGCGUCGCGACGCGGCCGGGACCCUCGGGCCGGGCACCUGGAGGCAGGAGCGCGGCUGCUGUAAAAAACCACUGGCUAGAAAGCUACACUGAACAACUCCACACAGAAAAUAUUACCUUUGAUCAGAAUCAAGUGGACUUUUCAACAGUGGUCUCCAAAGAGGAUGUGAUGGUUCCGACCCCCAGGAAGAGCCAUGCUUCUUCAGAUGCUCCAGAAAACUUCACUCCACAAACUGAAACAGCAGCUACAGGAAGAAGUGACUCUUCAAGGAGGACAGAUUUCACCAUUUCCCCUGUUGGGCCUGAGAGAGCAGCCGCUCUGACUUCCCAGAGCAGCACCUUAGCCUUGGGAAAGCAUCACCCGUCGUCCAGCAGUUCUGGGUCAGAAGGAAGAACCGCCCCUCCUCACACGGAAAGCGGAACAUCCUGGGGUUCCCCGGCAAGGGGGCAGGGGCUCCCUGAAGAAGUGACGGUGCACACCCAAGUGGCUGCCACUUCAGUUUUGACCCAGUCUUCUCUUCCUGCUGUGGAGGGGGGAGAAGAGACCACACUCCCCAGGCAGAGAAAUUCCUCAGGACCAGAGCUCUCCUGGCUGCCUCUUUCCAGGACACCGGCUUACUUCCCUCCCUCAGACCAGUCCGCAUCUUCUGGAAGUACGGAGGAUUUAAACAACUCCACUGCUGUCCACAGCCCCUCGGUCAGUGGGACAAAGAGUGUCCAUGUUGCUACCAUGUUCCCCGACGGUGUCCCAAGGAUGCUCCAGUCUUUAGCCAUCAGUCCAGGACCUCUAAAUGAGACAGAGCAUUUCCCUGAGGACUCUGAAAUGACCACAACUUCAGCAUCAGUCCAUUCUUCACCCUCUGAGGCAGGGUGGAGAAGAAACAGUGGAGUAGUCAGGAGCCCAGGGGAUGGGGAACUCACAGAGCCAUCCACGGAAAAUGGAGUUGGCCUUACGUCUUCCAAGGUCUCAGGAGAAUUUUGGCAAAAUGAUUCCCCAACCUCCAGAGGACACCAACUCGCCAGCAGCUCUGGUACGGGGAGUGGCAGCCCCGUGUCUCAGACAGCGACUGUGUCUCGGUCAGUCCCGCCGGCAAGAGGUGGAGAGAGCACUGCUCGCUGGUUCUUGACCGACAGCGAGCCGUUCGCAAAUGCGACCGGAAGCUCCACUUCCCAUCCUGAGGUUGUGAACGCUUCGGAUUUGACCCGGUUUUCAGCCUCCGCCCCACAGUCUCGAGGAAGUGACCCAGCGCCUGGUGAGAGGAACUACUCUGAACCGGCCACCGACUCCUUGUCUUCAUCCUCCUCAGAAAGCCUGGGCUCCUCGGCACCACGCGGGGAGCGCUCCACCACCGAAGACAGUCCUGAGCUGGCCGUCAGUUCUGAAGUGGAGGAGGGGGCUUCUGAGGGGGUGCCCGGAGCCCGCGCUCACAGCCCGCACACCUGGGCUACUUUCACUGGAGUCGGAGAGCGCACGCUGCGAUCUCUCACCAAGGGCAGCACGACUCCUGGGGAUGUGGAGCGCUCAGCAGCGACGCCCAGAGACGCGGAGCGCCCCACUCAGCGGGGGAACGUGACGGCGACCUGGGACGCCCACCCGGUCUCGGGUUCACUGGCAGCCUCGCGAGUCCUUGGAGGUGACGGAGUCACUGGAAUGAGCUACGAUGCAGUGAGCGGCACCCACCCUGAACACGGGACGUCCAGUGACUACACAGACCACACCUACGUUUCAGCUCCUUUCACCAAAGGGGAACGGGCACUGCUGUCCAUUGCAGACCACAGCUCAUCCUUGGACGUAAGGGAGAGUUCCACCUCUUCUGUUAAGAUCUCAGGCUCUUUGCAUUCAGACUCUUCUUCCCCUUCUCAGGCUCAGACAGAGAGAAGCAACGUCUCAUCCCACGGUGGGGAAUACGCUCAGUCUUCCACUGAGGCACUAGUUCUGCGCACGGCCAGCCCUCCAUCCCGCACACCCACCGUUAAUAUGCUGACCACUCUGGUUCUUCUGGACACCGACGCUGAAUCCAUUGGCGAUACAUCGUUGUCUUCUUCGUCAGGGCCCCCCUUGCCCCAGCCCUCAGUGUCACAGCCCUACCGGUUCUCGUCAUCCUUGCCACCGACCAGGGCCUCCACUCACCCACCGCAGUCCGCCCCUGAUGUGCCCACACCUUCGUCUUCCUCGCCACCACCCUCACUAGUAUCCCUGACAGCAUCUGCCCCUGUCUCGCCGUCUGUCUCACAGACAGUCCUCCCACCUUCAUCUUCUACCCUGGUCCUGCCCAAGGCAAGGGACACUCCUGUGACUUCAGCUUGGACGUCGAUAAUGGCAUCAUCCGUGGCAACGUUCCCCAGCAGUCAAACAGCAGAUCCUAAGAACCAGAGCAGCCCACACCUUGAGAAGAUCGUUACGGAAUCAAAGCCACAGAGCCUGGAGACUGUGCCCGUGGAGGCCACGGAAACUGUAACAGUGAGGUCUACUCUGGGGAUCCCUUUGCCCCUGGCCUUAACGGAGUCCUCCGCUGAGCAAACCCUUCCAGCCACGAGCACCAGCUUAGCCCAGACAUCUCCAGCUUUGGUAGCUACCACUCUCCAGACCUCUCAUCCCCCCGCGCCCAGCCCCCAACCCCCAUCAAGCACAGCAUCUCUGACGGGUGGUCCUACCACAGUACAGACAGUGGCUGGAAAACGGCUCCCGCCAACCAGUCCUGAAAUUCUAGUGGUACGCAUCUCAACAGAAGGUGCCGUCACCACAGAAAGGAACCCAGUGAAUAGAGAUGCUGCCACCGGAUCGAUCGCCCUGACCAGUGCGCCCAUGUCAGCAAAAGAAUGGACCACGGGGCUUGCCCCUACAGAAGAGCACAGCCUGGCUUCACGUUUCCUCAGAACAUCUCCUUCCCCCCAAAGCACAUCUGUUUCUACAGCUAAGGUGUUGACAUCUACAUCGACCACCUUCACUGCUCAGAGCAGCACCCAGUCGUCCACAGCCCCGUCAUCUCCAGCCUCAGUUAACAGCUGUGCCACUAACCCUUGUCUUCAUGAUGGGAAAUGCGUUGUGGACCCCACCAGCCGUGGGUACCAGUGUGUGUGCUCACCUUCCUGGCAAGGAGAUGACUGCAACGUGGAUGUGAAUGAAUGCCUCUCAAACCCCUGCCCACCCCUGGCCAUGUGCAACAAUACUCAGGGAUCCUUCACCUGCAGAUGCCCAGUGGGGUACCAGCUGGAAAAAGGGAUAUGCAAUUUGGUUAGAACCUUCGUGACAGAGUUUAAAUUAAAGAAAAUGUUUCUUAAUACCACCAUGGAAAAACAUUCAGACCUCCAUGAAGUUGAAAAUGAGAUCACCAAAACGUUAAAUGUGUGUUUUUCAACAUUACCUGGUUAUACCCGAUCCACAGCUCAUGCUUCUAGGGAGCCCAGCGUGGUGGUGAUGUCACUGCAAACCACCUUUUCCCUGGCCUCCAACGUGACGCUGUUCGACCUGGCCGAUGGGAUGCAGAAAUGUGUCAACUCCUGCAGGGCCUCUGCUGAGGUCUGCCAGCUCUUGGGGUCUCAGAGGCGGAUCUUUAGAGCGGGCAGCUUGUGCAAGCGGAAGACUCCAGAAUGCGACAAAGAGACCUCCAUCUGCACCGAUCUGGACGGGGUCGCGCUGUGCCAGUGCAAGUCUGGCUACUUCCAGUUCAACAAGAUGGACCACUCCUGCCGAGCCUGUGAAGAUGGAUAUAGGCUUGAAAAUGAAACCUGCAUGAGUUGCCCAUUUGGCCUUGGUGGUCUCAACUGUGGAAACCCCUAUCAGCUUAUCACUGUGGUGAUCGCGGCAGCGGGAGGUGGGCUUCUACUUAUCCUGGGCAUCGCACUGAUUGUUACCUGUUGCAGAAAGAAUAAAAACGACAUAAGCAAGCUCAUCUUCAAAAGUGGGGAUUUCCAAAUGUCCCCAUAUGCUGAGUACCCCAAGAACCCUCGCUCACAAGAAUGGGGCCGAGAAGCUAUUGAAAUGCAUGAGAAUGGAAGCACCAAAAACCUCCUCCAGAUGACGGAUGUCUAUUACUCGCCUACAGGUGUAAGGAAUCCUGAACUUGAACGAAAUGGACUCUACCCGGCCUACACUGGAUUGCCAGGAUCACGGCAUUCUUGCAUUUUCCCCGGACAAUAUAACCCAUCUUUCAUCAGCGAUGAGAGCAGGAGAAGAGACUACUUCUAAGUGCAGCAGAGAGAGGGGCCCGUUGCUGCGACUGCACCAGCGGAGCACCUCCCGCCGGCCGGGCCCAGGACUUGUGCAGCCACACCUGAGCGGCCAGUGGAGAGGGGACGGGCGUGGGGGGGUGUGUGACCACAGUGGAAGGGGACAGCUGGAGCCCGUGGACGUGGAGCUGCAGGCUGCUCAUCCGGCACCUUCAUUGCUACUGUGAAUGUGAACACGGGCCAGUACGGUAGAGUCCCCGCAUGACGGCAGCUUGGCCGUGGCUUCGGGGUGACUGUUAAUUAGGGCUGAUCAUCAGGCAUCGGUGCAAGGACCCAGGUUUUCCUUAGUUUGCACUUUAGUAAAUGCAAAAGUAGGGAGGGAGGUCUCCUUUUGGAUGUUUCUCAAGACUGCUCCAGAAAGAAGGCCUCUUCUACUCGGGCACUUCCAUAGGCCUCAAUUUGGUGAUUCAUUUACAGCAAAAUACCGGCUCUUUUGUUGUUUUCCUGCCCAGUAGCUACGUGCUGAACGACAGAUGCCGAUGGACACACCACUAGUGUUUGGAGAUGCUGGAGCUUAACACACCCUCUUAAGUCGUCUCGUGCUAUGUUCUCCAAACAAACCCCCAAAAUGAGGAACUGAAAUUUGUGAGGCACAGCACACAAUUCCAGUUUGUUUUCUUUAGUCAAGGUGACACAUUUAUCUAGGAUUAUCUUUUUUCCCUUUGCAGUUACAUCUGGAUCAGGGCAAAACAACUUCCAUUUGGUUCUAGUUAGACGCAUCCAGCUGCCCCAUAGUGAGGCCCAGCAAGCACUGGACGAAGGCCCUGGUGGAAGGGUGCCAUCCCUGAGGGCAGUGCAUGGUGCAUGGGCUCUGACCUCCAUCCUUGAGGCCGAGGCUGCUACAUGUGGAGUAGAAGUGGAGAGCUCAGUGCGGGUUGGGUCUGAGCUGGUACUUCACCACUAAUGGAGAAGCAGCUUUUGUUGUUGCUGCAGCUGAACAUGGUUAGGGAAACGGGCUGAACAGGCGUAUUCGAUUGUCUGAAACACCAGUGCUUUGGGAAGCCGGGCGUGCGGUUCCUGAGGAAGACUAGGGAGCUGGGCUGGAGCUACACGUGCGCCUGCUUACCCACCAGUGCGGCAUCUUUGCCAGUAGCACCGAUCUCGUCCGCAAACUCAGUGUCGGUUGAGUGGUUCAGCCAACCACUCAAAGCUAUUUAUUCAUUGAAGAAAUAACUUAUUUUCUCUCAAACGGUAAUUUGUAACUCUUUGUACUACUACGGAGUUCCCUCCAGAAACAUGGGUAUAAUUCAAGUCAGCAUUGGAGAACUAAAGACUUCUGGCCAGUUAGGGAGUUGAGCGUUUGCCUUGGGGAAGGAAAUUCCACGCGUCUUACUUAACGGUGGCUGAAACGUGGGUCCUGCGAGGGGGGCAUAUCCAGUGCUGUGCCUUUAACUGCUGCUUGUGGAACUGUGAUCGUUCUCACCUGCCUUUGAACAUCCUGGUUCCGGAUGAAGUGAAGAGAACACAGAGGUAAAAGAAUUGUUCCCACCCUGAAGCUCGGAGCUCAGUGGCACCCACACUUCUGGAAAUGGUGCAGCCUUUGGAGACGGUUCUGUCCCGGGCAUGGUUGUUUCUUCAAGGUUCUCUAAGCUCUUCAGAAUGAAUCUAAUCAUUAGUCUUAUGUAAUCCUCGUCCAAACAGUUUUAAGUGCAAACUCCUGAGUCCCGUGGUCUCCACGAGUCACCAUUUCCCUGCUGCAGCAGGAGUACUAGUCAGCUGUGAUACCACUUAGUAGUUUAAAUUGCAUUCAUCUCAUGAGAUAGAUACAAAAAGAAUUCUGUUUUGUUAGUGGGUGCCAACUUAAAAUUUCAGAGCAUCCCCUUUUAGAAAUCUUGGGUCUGACCUCUCUCCGUGCAACCGAACGGCCGUCUGUGCCUCGUGAUCUCCCAUCUAACUGGAGAGCUCGAGCUCCUACACUCAGCACACCUGAGCCAGCAGGCCGGGGCCUGAGGGAGGCAGCUGCUUCUGGGCCUUGGGCGCAGAGCCUCGCUUGCCCCCGGGACCCGGAGCCACAAUGGGGGCUGUCCCCAGGCAUACAGGCCUGCCGCCUCCAGCUGACAGAUCAUCGCCUGUGCCAGGGUCGGAAGCUGUAUGCUUCACGACGUGAAGCAUUCUGUCCCCAAAGCAUCCUGGAGCAGAAUCUCAAGAUCCAGAAAAGAGUGUGCUGUGAGUUCCAAGAAUGCUUUCCUGGGAGUGGCUUUUGUGCAUGUGAAGUGGAUUAAGAGUGCUGUUUUUCCUUUUACUGUGAAAAAGGGAGGCCCCCAGCAAGGUUGAGUUCACAUCGUAUCUGCCGUUUCUAGGAGGCUUGCAGGGUUGGGGGCGGGUGGCCGUGCCAGUGCCGGCUGCUUGCCUGGGUAAGGAAGGCAGAGGCUGGCUUUGUUCCUGCUUGGGGUUAAAUACCUCUAGAGGGUCCUCCCUGAGCCGAGACACAGCUGGUGGGGCGGCAGCCCCUGGGAUGGGGGACAGGCUGGCUGCACCCCUGGUGAGCAGAAGCCCUCGCCUCCGGCACAGGUGCUGUGUCAGUCCCUGUACCUGGCGUGUGCGAGCCCUGUGCACAGAAAUGCCUGGGUCCUGCGUGGGAGCCCCACAGCUGGGGGCGGUGGAGGAAGCUGCCCAUGAGACACUCAGACGUCUGCAGGGAAGAGUGAGGCCGCGUGGAAACCCACGUCCCGCAGCAGGCGGAGCACGGUGACUCUCAAGGCAGGGAGAUGCUCACUGGGGCCCCCCGGCAUCUGCAGGUUUUGUCGAAGCUCCAGAGGGUCUUAUUUCUGGUGUCUUUUCCUCUUGCCCCAUGAGCCAGCCCAGGGCACUAGAGACAAUUUAGAAAGCCUGAAUAGUCCCAACAGGCAUCUCAUGUGUUCCCACCACAUCCCGGCUCUGUGCAGCGUACGUGGCCUUACCGCACCCUUGUAAGGUGGGUGUGAGAGAGCCCAUUUCUCGGACAUGGGACCCUUCAGAGGGGAUAAGUACCUUGCCUUGGAGGGCCAGGACUCAAACCCUUCUGCCUGGCUUGUUCUCGCUGUACCUCUUGCCUCACCUCCCUGGCAGAUGCCUCACCAUCCAGUGUCAAAGAGAGCUGGAGAGAGCGGGCUUAAAAUAAAAGUUGUUUAUUUUAAGAACUUUAAUAUUAUUAAACAGUAACUAAACUAAUGCCAUGAAGUACAAAAGCAAAAUGUUGAAACAGUCCUUUCAGGUCUGUUGUUACAUGUAUUUCUUGGAUGCUUGCGGUCGUCAUCAAGGUAACAGUGGCUGGCUCAUGCUUGUUAGCAAGAAGCAUAUUGGUACGUGGCUUUGGUUGAGGGAGGUGUAUGGUGAUGACCUGGGUGCUUGACAGACACGGCCAGGCUUAGACAUCUGUCUGAGGGCUGCCUUGCCCUGCUCCCGCGGUGAAGCCAUGUUUCCCACGUACUGGAAGCAUGUUUUUGUGAACAUGAUCCGAGUCUGGAACAUAUUCAGUUGAAAUGUCUUAAAUGCUGACAAAUCUUCCUCCUUUGACAAAAGUUUGUUUUCAGAAGCAGCUAAGUCAUUUAGAGCCAAAAUUGGCUGAGUGGAUAGUGUAAUCAAGCUGGCUGAUAGCAUUUGAGGUCAAAAGCUAAGAUGUAACCGUUAAGUUCUUGAAGAGGUCGUUCUUAAUGUUGGCCCCAAUGGGAGGGCAACAUCUUUGCAAGAUGAGGCUGGAUGGCUGCCCACGAAAAUGUCAUUGAAGGAUGAUAUUCAUUCAGAUGUGAAAGUUCCCAGAGCAGACACGUCAGGGUCACUCCUCACAAGUGGCUUCUUGGGGCCUCCAUUAAGCCAUCUUGCCCACUGGUGGUACACCCAGGUGGGUGCCUGUAACUCCAUGAAUGCUGCCUGCAGAAGCAAGAAUGUUCAGGCCAGCUGCUUCUGGCUUAGUUUAGCCUAACACACCCCAAACUAGGGUUUUGACCCAUGGUUCUAAGAUACACUGAUUUCAAAACUAGAGCACUUCUUUGGAGAGAGGAAGAAAGCAAAGUUCAGUAUCUCAGUAUUUUGUAUCUUAUUGAAAACCACCUUUAGUAUCAGAGAUAUUUUUUCUGUGUGAAAACUUCUGUGGGGAUUAGAAGGGACAUUUCAUUUCCUUCUUCUUGACAAAGCGUCAUUCUGAGGUUCUCAUGUGCAUUUUUGGAAAUAGAUACGGUUUUGUAGAGUUGGCUGUUAAGUAUAUGCUCUUUUUUCUUUUUCUUUUCUUGGCUCCCCAGAGAAGGAACCUGGUUAAACUACUAGAAAGAUUAAAGUUUUAAUUGUCAGUUAAUUUGUUGUGCUAAAGUAUCUUUUCAAGAGUGUUAUAAUCCAUCCUAUUUGGUGUGAAGUGCUCACAGAAAACCCUGUGAAACCAAAGGGGACAAUUGAGGUCUAAAAAAAGACAUAUCUUAGACUGGCUCUGUUCUCAUGGCAUUUUAAAGAGGAUAUUUAAAAGGAUUUGCAUAUUAGAUUCUAGCUUUAUCCUUUUUUUCUUGGAUACAUAAUAAUGCACUUCAGGUGCAGAGUUCUUGGAUAGGAAGGAUGGGACUAGACAGGGAUGGGAUGGAACCUGUCUAGCUGGGAAACUAACCCAGGUUUCUGUAUUACUUCACCUAUUUCUUAAAAGAUCUCUCAUCAUGGGUUGCUGUGAGUUUUGUUAAUGUUUGUGUUGCUGGAUUUAUGGUUAAAUGAAGCAUGUAGCUGGAAGAUGAACUUCUGAGUUUUCACAUUGUCCCAGAUUUCUCCUUGCAGACCUUUAAACCUUAGCCCCUGGUUGAUUGUGUUAAAUCCAUUAUGAGAAUGUUAUUUAAAGUUGUAUUAUAAUUGCAACCUCCACGAAUUAUUCAGUACUGUAGCAGCAAAGUAUUUGUAAGAAUUCGAUUAUUUUUAUACUUAUAUCCACUAUAAGUCUGGCGUUCUAGUCAGUAAAAUGAUGCAAUAAAGUCAAUAUCAUUUUCACUGUGUUUUUCUCGUCAUAACAAACAAACCACAGCAGACUGCAACAAGUUCAUUUUUAUGAGGGCAUCAUUUAAACAACAGAGCUGCACUGUGAACUCUUACAUGGCACAUGUAGGGGAUGAGUCACUUCUGUAUCCUCAGUGCCUAUAACAAGUGAGGAAAUAUGCUUUUUUUUUUUUAUAAAGCACAUUUAAAACACUGUAA